AUGAGUUCUCUAAGUAAAAUUGCGAAAACAUUAAAACACCCUCUAUUGAGGGGAAUGGCUUCAUAUGGUGUUAUUUGGCCAGUAUCAAGUUUUAUUCAACAAACAUUUGAGGGUCGAAAUUUCGAAGAUAACUCAUAUGAUUGGCUGAGGUGUGCCCGUUUUGGGUUAUAUGGUUCCUGUUAUGUUGCCCCUACAUUGUAUACUUGGUUAACUAUUGCAAGUACGGUAUGGCCUGCAACUACAUUGAAGUCAGCUCUUAUAAAGACUUUCUUUGAAACAAUAACAUACACACCAUUUGCAAUGUGCAGUUUCUAUUUUGGAAUGAGCUUAUUAGAAGGUAAUGCAUUUGAUGAGGCAGUUGCUGAAGUUAAAGCAAAAUUUUGGCCCACAUAUAAGGUUGGGGCUUCAGUAUGGCCAAUAAUAGCUGUAAUGAAUUUUUGGCUUAUUCCUCCAGCAAACAGGGUUCCUUUCAUAUCUGUAUGUAGUCUUAUCUGGACAUGUUUCUUAGCUUACAUGAAACACUUAGAGAAAGAAAAUGUACCUCAAAGAUUUGAUCAUAGAUCUAUUAAACUUUAG